UUCCGGGUUGGUUGCCAUGAGACACGAAGUACCCGCAGAGACGCGGAGUAUUAACGGGGAGAAGAGGCGUUCGCAUUAAACUACAUCUAUGACCACUUAAACUUACUCUUCAAACGCAAAUUGGCAAUGUCUCAGAUUAAAGACGGCGAGUUUACCGCCGUCAUUUACAAGAUGAUAAAAGAUGGACGACAUGGAGAAGCAAUCCAGAUUUUGACUAAUGAACUGCAGAAACAGUCUAAAUCCAGGGCUGCCCUGUCCCUCCUGGGUUAUUGUUACUACCACGUUCAAGACUUCUUCAAUGCAGCAGACUGUUAUGAGCAGCUCACACAGAUCCAUCCAGAAGUGGAGGAGUACAAAUUCUAUUACGCCCAAUCUUUGUAUAAAGCCUGUAAUUACUCAGAAGCUAUGAAGGCAACAUUCCUCCUGGACAGUCCAGCCUAUCACACCAAAAUAUUAAAACUGCAAGCAGCAAUCAAAUAUGGUGAAGAGGACAUUUCAGGAACAAAGAGCCUAGUGGAACAGCUGCCAUCUGAUGAUCCAGACAGCGAGAUUAAUUUGGGUUGUUUGCUGUAUAAAGAAGGUGCCUAUGAAGAGGCGUGCAAGAAGUUUAUCGGCGCCAUACAGGUGAUAGGGUAUCAACCAGACCUGGCCUACAACAUAGCUCUUUGCUACUACAGCAUGAAGCAGUAUGCUCCUUCCUUGAAGUAUAUUGCUGACAUAAUUGAACAUGGCAUUAGAGAGCAUCCAGAACUCAGUGUUGGCAUGACAACAGAAGGCAUCGAUGUAAGGAGUGUUGGCAAUACGCAAGUCUUGCAUGAAACUGCAUUGAUUGAAGCGUUUAAUUUGAAAGCAGCCAUUGAAUUCCAUCUCAAAAAUUAUGAUGCGGCACAAGAAGCUUUGACAGACAUGCCCCCUAGGUCUGAAGAGGAACUGGACCCCGUAACCUUGCACAACCAAGCUCUAAUGAACAUGGAUUCCAAGCCAACUGAAGGUUUUGGAAAACUACAGUUUUUACUACAGCAGAACCCUUUUCCACCCGAGACCUUUGGAAACCUACUUCUGCUUUACUGCAAGUAUGAGUAUUUUGAUUUGGCUGCCGAUGUCUUAGCUGAAAAUGCCCAUCUCACAUACAAGCUUCUUUCACCGUAUCUGUAUGCAUUUUUGGAUGCAAUGAUAACAUGCCAGACAGCCCCAGAAGAGGCUUUCCGGAAAUUUGAUGAGAUGUCUGGUGAACUAGCAGAGCAGCUCCGUAUGCUGACAAAACAGGUACAAGAAGCAAGACAUAAGAGAGAUGACGAAGCAGUAAAAAGGGCUGUAAAUGAAUACGAUGAAGUCCUGGAAAAGUACAUUCCAGUGCUGAUGGCUCAAGCUAAAAUCUACUGGAACAUUGAGAAUUACCAAAUGGUUGAAAAGACCUUCCGUAAGUCGGUUGAAUUCUGCAACGAUCAUGAUGUGUGGAAGCUCAACGUGGCACAUGUCCUCUUCAUGCAGGAGAACAAAUACAAAGAGGCCAUUGGGUUUUAUGAACCCAUCGUGAAAAAGCAUUAUGACAAUAUUUUGAACGUAAGCGCCAUUGUCUUGGCCAACCUGUGUGUGUCUUACAUCAUGACAAGUCAAAAUGAGGAGGCAGAAGAACUUAUGCGGAAAAUUGAAAAAGAAGAAGAGCAGAUAUCCUAUGAUGACCCUGACAAAAAAAUUUACCACCUCUGCAUUGUGAACCUUGUGAUUGGGACCCUUUAUUGUGCCAAAGGAAAUUAUGAGUUUGGAAUUUCCCGAGUUAUUAAAAGCUUAGAGCCCUAUAAUAAAAAGCUUGGUACAGACACCUGGUUCUACGCCAAGCGCUGCUUUUUGUCGCUUCUUGAAAACAUGUCCAAACACAUGAUCAUGUUACGUGACAGCAUGGUGCAGGAGUGCAUCCAGUUCUUAGAACACUGUGAAAUUCAUGGAAAAAAUGUCCCUGCCCUCAUUGAGCAGCCUCUGGAGGAAGAACGGAUGCACGUUGGGAAAAAUACAGUGACGUACGAAUCUCGGCUGCUCAAAGCGCUCUUCUAUGAAAUAAUUGGAUGGAAUCAGUAGGUUCCAUGCUGUGUAUAGCAGGUAUCGUGUCAUUCUUUCCAAAAAUAGGAAGGAAACAAUUCCAUCGUAGGAGAAAAUAAAACUUUCUAUCCACACUUGACUGAUAAGUGAAUUUGCUCGCUGCAAAGUAAAACUGCAUUAGGAGCAAGUCAGACAUUUCCAUGUAAAUAAAACAUUUAAAAUAAAGUGUAUUUAUUUUACA